AUGGGUGAUUCUGUUAUAGGAAGUAUUAAGCAAUUAAAAAGGAUGACAAUAGAAUAAUUAUUAAAUGAGGGAACAAAUGAAUAUCAAGAUUUGUAUUCAUAACUUACUUCUGACAUUUCCUCUAUCGACAAGGAAUUUGUAAAAGAGUGGAUUAAAUAUACAAAAAGUUUACAGGAGGAAAUAUUAUAAGCAGAGGGUGAAAUAAAGGUAAUAAUAAUUUAGAAUAUUCUAGAGAUUAAAAAUGGUAGGUUCUAAAAAUACAUAUGAAUUGAUGUAAGAAGAUUAAAUAUCUUUAAAUUUCAAAUCAUUAUUAAUAAGAGAUAAAAUAAAUAUCCUCUAAGACCAUAUCAAUUAAAUAUUAAAUGAUACCUAAACUAUAGACACAACAUAGAAACUAUCAGCUAUUUCUGAUUGUGAUAAUAACAUACAAAAAACUGAAAAAUUUCUAGAAUCUUUAAAAUAAUACAAGCAGAAUUUACUAAAUAGCUCAACCAAUUCUAUGUAAAGUUUUAAUCCUUCAUAAAGAAGUGAUAAUCUAUUGUAAUGGGAUGAAUAAACUGUAAGAUACAAUUAGCCCCACCAACAGUAACAAUAAUAAUAUUAAACUGCAGAUAAUUCUUCAUCGUAAGAUUGAU